GGCGAGUCGUCAGUCGCUAUCUAUCUCCCUCUGUGCUCGUUUCGUUUCGAUUCGUCUUCUUGGAGCUGUUUUGGGGCACUCAAUCGAGGGGAAAAAACAUUCCGCAUCCAUCACACUCACCAGCAAUCUUUCCGCAAGGCUUACUCAGCAGAGGGAGUAAGUUGCAGUAACCGUCCGUAGAACCAAUUACCAGUUGCCAUCUCAGAGGAGGAAGACCGCAUCCGCAACCGAUCCCAACCCAGCAACCGAUCAUGGCAACCACACCACGCAGCGGCGGUGCCAGCGGCACUGGAGCGGCGCAACGACCCAAUGGCACAUCGCAGAACAAAAGUUGCCAAUUCAAGUUGGUGCUGCUGGGCGAAUCCGCUGUGGGCAAGUCAUCGCUGGUGCUGCGCUUUGUCAAGGGACAGUUCCACGAGUACCAGGAGAGCACGAUAGGUGCGGCCUUUCUGACACAGACCAUUUGCAUAGAGGACACCGUCGUUAAGUUCGAGAUCUGGGACACGGCUGGCCAGGAGCGAUACCACAGCUUAGCUCCCAUGUAUUAUCGGGGAGCGCAGGCCGCCAUUGUCGUCUAUGAUAUACAGAAUCAGGACAGUUUUCAGCGUGCGAAGACUUGGGUCAAGGAACUGCAUAAACAAGCCUCACCAAACAUUGUCAUUGCGCUGGCCGGCAACAAGGCAGAUCUGUCAAACAUUCGCGUCGUAGAGUUCGAUGAAGCGAAGCAAUAUGCCGAGGAGAACGGGCUGCUGUUCAUGGAAACGUCCGCCAAGACGGGCAUGAAUGUCAACGACAUCUUCUUGGCCAUUGCCAAGAAACUACCUAAGAACGAUGGCGCCAACAAUCAAGGAACCAGCAUAAGGCCGACUGGAACCGAAACAAAUCGACCGACGAACAACUGCUGCAAGUGAUGUCCCUUUGUAGAAAAUGAAAUUUCCAACGAGAGAUUUGAAAAGUUUAUGCUGAUAAUUAUAAAUAAAAAAAUUAUUUAAAAAUUCAA